AUGGCCCAAUCAAAGAUCACACUCUAUGUCGACAUUGUGUCCCCGUUCGCGUACAUUGCUUUCUAUGUCCUGAAGAACUCCCCGGCAUUCAAGCAGUGUGACAUCAAGUAUGUGCCCAUUCUUCUCGGUGGCUUGAUGAAUACCUGCGGAAACACGCCUCCCAUCGCUAUCAAAAAUAAGGACAAAUGGAUCAACCUGGAGCGCAUACGCUGGGCCAAGUAUUUCAACAUCCCCAUCUCGAAAGGCUCACCUCCCGGCUUCCCCAUCAACACUUUACCCAUCCAACGCGCUCUGGCAUCUCUGUCCAUCUCGCACCCUCAAUCGGUUGAGAGCGCCAUCUCGCUCUUCUAUGAGAACACAUGGGUGCAGUGGAGCGAACCCCUCAAGCCAGAGAACUUGCAGGCCAUCUUACGCACGGUCGUCGGAAGCGACGAGGAGGCGAAUAAGAUCAUUGAGAAGACGAAGACGGACGAGGUGAAGAGAGUGCUGUCGCAGAAUACCGAGAAGGCGUUCAAGGAUGGCGCGUUUGGAUUGCCGUACUUCGUUGCUACGAAUUCGAAGGGCGAGACCGAAGGCUUUUGGGGUGUUGACCAUAUGGGGCAGCUCACUGACUUCCUUGGUCUUGAGAGGCCGAGUGGCAAAGGCUGGAAGGCACUGUUAUAA